AUGGCGCGUGCGUCUGGGCUGUCUGGGCUGUCAACGCCCACGUCGCUAAAGCUUGUCGCAGGGGCGAUACUUUUCGCAACACUCUUCGCGACAACAAGCUCGCAGAUCGCCGGCGACCCUUGCCCCGGUUCCAACGAGUGCCCCAGCAAGAAGGGAUGCUUCGCGAAGGGCGAUUACUGCGACGGCGUGAAGAACUGCGCGGACGGCAGCGACGAGUGGCCCUGGCUCUGUAAUUUCGACAUGGACUGUGGCGCGCUCAAUGCUACUCACAUUCUCUGUCCAGAUGCCCCAAGCGUUUGCGUCCUGCCCGGACAAUUCUGCGAUGGGAAAACCGACUGCCCGGACUCACUGGACGAAAAUCCCAAGUUCUGCUCGAAUUUCACCUGCCCGAGGAACAACAUCCGCUGCCCGGGGCUCAGCAUGUGCAAGCCAAACGGAACCCUCUGCAACGCGGUGCCCGACUGCCCUGCGAAGACAGCUGGCGGCAAGCCAGUGGACGAGGACCCGGCGUUCUGCAAGCGUUACGUUUGCCCCAAGGGGUUCUCCAAGUGCAGUGACAAAUUGCAGUGUGUUGACGAUGUGCUUCGCUGCAACGGCGUUGCCGACUGCAAAGAUGGUAGCGAUGAAGUGGGGUGUGAGAAGUGGAUCUGCACCAAAGGGUACCGCAAGUGCCGGAACCAGUUACAAUGCGCUUUGAAGAUCAAUUGGUGCAACAAAGUGCCUGACUGCAAAGAUGGGAGCGAUGAGGACAGAUGUGACAUUCCACCCGCGCCCCCUAAGGCCCCAUCCACGGGUCCCCCCAAGGCUCCUCCUAAGGCUCCCCCCAAGGCUCCUCCCAAGGCCCCACCCAAGUCUUCUAAACCCCAGCACCUCCAGAUCACACGUCAUUUCCACCUGACUAAUCCCCUCCUCAACCGCACCUCCCUCCCCUCAAUGGAGUGCUUUCCGCAGCCUUCUCUAGCCUCUGCUGCCCGCUGCCUUCUCUCCCCGUCAUUCCCCCAUUUCCCACUAAACUUCCCCCUUACCUUCCCGCCCACCACCAUCUCAUCUUCACCCUGCAAAGGGGUUCCUGGCAGCAGCGUUGACCCCUGCCCCGGUGCCAACCAGUGUCCCAGCAAGGCGGGAUGCUUCAGCCGGGGCGACUACUGCGACGGGGUGAAGAACUGCGCAGACGGCAGCGACGAGUGGCCGUGGAUAUGCAGCUUCGACAUGGACUGUGGCGCGCUCAACGCCACGCACGUCCUCUGCCCGGACUCCCCCAGCGUCUGCAUCCUUCCCGGGCAGUACUGCGACGGAAAAACCGACUGCCCGGACGCGCUCGACGAAAACCCCGGCUUCUGCGCGAAUUUCACCUGCCCGAGAAACAGCCUCCGCUGCCCGGGGCUGAGCACGUGCAAGCCGGGAGGAGCGCUGUGUAACGCCGUCCCCGACUGCCCGGGAAAACUUGCUGGGAGUGUGGCUGUGGAUGAAGAUCCGGCCUUCUGCCGGGGAUAUACUUGCCCGAAGGGGUCCUCUAAGUGCAGUGAUAACCUGCAGUGUGUGGAUGAUGUGUUGCGGUGCAAUGGAGUGAAGGAAUGCAAGGAUGGGAGUGACGAGGUGGGGUGUGACAAGUGGAACUGCACCAAGGGGUUCCGCAAGUGCAAGGACCAGCUGCAGUGCGUGUCCAAGCUCAACUGGUGCAACAAAGUUGCCGACUGCAAAGAUGGCUCUGAUGAGGCAACCUGCGUUCCCCUCAGCACCCCAGAUGGCACCGGCAGCGGCACUUUUGGCCCUGGCAGUGGCGGUAGUGGUGCCGGCAAACCAGGGACCGGCGGCACUGGCAGUGGCGGCAGUGGUGCCGGUAAGCCAGGAGGGGGCACUAGCACUGGCAGUGGCAGUGGUGCUGGUAAGCCAGGGGGCACUGGCAGUGGCGGCAGUGGUGCCGGUAAGCCAGGAGGGGGCACUGGCACUGGCAGUGGCAGUGGUGCUGGUAAGCCAGGGGGCACUGGCAGUGGCGGCAGUGGUAGUGGUGCUGGCAAACCAGGCGGGGGAAGUGGGAGUGGCAGUGGUGCUGGCAAGCCAGGGGGAAGAAGCGGCAGUGGGGGAAGCGGCAGUGGUGCCGGCAAACCAGGGGGCGGUGGGGGCAGUGGCAGUGGUGGCAGUGGCACCAGCAAGCCAGGGGGUGGCAGUGGCGGGGGGGGCAGUGGUAGUGGUGCCGGCAAACCAGGGGGCGGCAGUGGCAGUGGGGGCAACAAAGGUGGUGGCACUGGCAGCGCGGGAGGCAAGACCAGCGGAUCCGGCUCCUCGGGGAGUUCCUCUGGGGGUUCUGUGAAGAAACCCUCUCCACCCAAGUCAACCCCUCCUAAAACAUCCCCUAAGCCACCUGCCAAAUCCCCCCCGAAACCGCCCCCUAAGACCUCUCCCAAGCCCCCGACUAAGCCGGGCACCAAGCCCCCUGCUAAGAACCCUCCCCGCACGCAGGGUCCCUCGACUGGAGGGUCGUCGUUGGACUCUGGUACUCGUAAGAAUGUUGCACCCAAGUAUCCCGAUGAGAAGAAUGAUGGCAAGAGGAGCAUUACCAUCACCAUUCGACUCUGA